GGCCCACGUGACCGCAGACUUUAUGUAAUGGUACUGCACAUGUUAUAUCAGGGUUCUAUUUUCCUUUUGUGUAGUUACUUUGUUCCUCCUGACAGUGGUUGGUUAUUAGGAGGAGACAGUGUGCUGUGUUGCUUGGGCUGUGGGGAAAGCUGUCUCAGCAUUGCUCUGUGUGUGCCAUAGGGCAGCUGAUAGCUCCAGACUUGUAUUUUUUUAUUUGUAGUUAUUUUUUUUUCCCACAUCUAUCCAGCCCACAUCAGGAUGGCAGCAGCUGCUGUGUGCACUAGAUGCCAGGAUGCCCUCACCUGCUGCUGACCUCAGCAUGCACCCUUGCUAGUUACAGAUUAGUGUCUGCUACCCCAUUGGGGUAGCUGCUGGUGCUGAAAGCCUCUACUCAGGGUCUUUACUCUGUGCCCUCUGGCUACUAUUGAAUCACCCCCCCUCAUGGAGCUAUUCAAUUGCAUGUGCUGCCAACAGCCCCUCUGGGACCCAGUGACGGUGCGCUGUGGGCACACUUUCUGCAGGAGAUGUCUCAAAGGAUCAGCUCCAAGCAGGUGCUAUGUCUGUAAGCAGAGUCUAAAGAUCAGGGGUUUCCAUGACCUGAGGUGUAACACUCUAUUAUCCACCCUGCUGGAGAAGUGCCUGAGCACAGAAAACAAAGUUAUCAGGAUCACAAAGGACCUGGAGGACUUGAUCAGUAUGGAGCAGUAUGAAGAGGCUGGGACAGUCGCCUGCAAAGGAAUUGUGAUGGCUCCUGAGGACGUUCCCUUGAGGGUACUUCGCUCACAGGUGUAUUUGUCAUUAAAGCAAUAUCCUGAAUCUCUGCGGGAAGCGGAAGUGAUCUGUAAUCUGCAGCCACAGAAUCCAGAGGGAUUCUACAGAAAGGGUUUGGCUCUAAUCCAUAUGGAUAAUAAGGAGGAAGCUCUUGGGCAGUUCCAACAGUGCCUAACGCUGAAUUCACAGUACUCUGCAGCCCGUUAUGAGAUCGAGCAGUUGCUGAAGGAUUCUGAUUGUCCUGUGCCUUCAUCACUGGAAGAUUUACUGGAGGAGGUGUCUCGUUACUUGAAGUUGUCCAGCGCAGACCCCUCCGCUCCCCAAGCACAGACCAUCAGUUCCCAAGAAAACACUGCCAAUGUGAAGGCUGACGCAGAUGAUAAGACUUUUCCUCUGGCGAUCGCUUCUGACGGGACAGCAAAGUCCUCUGCCUUAAACCAAGUGCACAUGAAACGGAAGGAGACCGAUGAAUCAGCCUCACUAGACAAGGACAGAUUAAGUAAGCAUUUGAAAUUAAAAGACUCUCAGGAAGAAGAUGAGAAACACAACAGCAGCCUCCCACUCAAUCCGUCCCCAAAAGACCUCCUGAGCCUCUCUGAUGUGGAAUGUUCACUGUGUAUCCGGAUGUUCCUGGAUCCGGUUACCACCCCUUGCGGCCACACCUUCUGCAGGGAGUGCUUAGAACGUUGCAUGGACCACCAGCCGUAUUGCCCGCUAUGCAAGCAGAGUUUAAGAGAGUACCUAAGGGUAGGGUGUUACUCAGUCACUACCCUUCUGCAGAACCUCAUGAUGGCCAUCUUUCCAUCAGAGAUGACUGACAGAGAGCAAGUUCAUCUCUCGGAGAUCGCUGAACUGUCCAAUCUGGUCAGCAAUGUGCCGAUCUUUGUCUGUACAAUAGCCUUUCCUGAAGUCCCAUGUCCUCUCCAUGUUUUUGAACCACGUUAUCGCCUCAUGAUGAGACGCUGCCUUGAAACUGGGACCAGAAGUUUUGGAAUGUGCCUGUAUGAGAGUGGUAAGAGUUUUUCAGACUUUGGCUGCAUGUUGGAGAUCUUGCACUUGGACUAUUUGCCAGAUGGGCGAUCACUGGUGGAGACAAUUGGUAGGAGACGUUUCCGAGUGUUGCAGAGGGGUCAGAUAGAUGGAUAUCACAAAGCGGAGAUAGAAUACCUGGUGGACAAGAAGCUGGAGGGUGAGGAACUGCAGGAGGUACAGAGGUUACAUGAUAUGGUGUACCAAGAGUUAGAGGAAUGCUUCUCGCAGCACAGAGGGAGUCUUCCUCGUCGUAUCUUCAUGCAUCAUACCAGCCCACCUCCGAAAGACGACAACAUACAGGCGUCCCCAGAUGGCCCAUCCUGGUGUUGGUGGCUGCUGUCUGUGUUACCCCUGGACCCGACGUACCAGAUGCUUAUUCUCUCCAUGACAUCAUUAAAGGAGAGGAUUUUACACCUGAAGCACAUUCUGUCUGUUUUCCUUCAGAAUACGUCUUAGGAAGGAUUGCACAACCUACUGUAAUUACAAACCUAAUUACCCUAAUACAAACAAAAAGCACAAAUUCUAAGACUUCUUCAACAUCCGUCCAGCAAAAAAUAAGGGAUUUACAUGCUCCCUGGGCUGAGCUCCUGUCAUUUACCAUUCAGUGCACAACCAUGAGCAAUUACUGGAAAGCUUGAAAUUGGAGUCAAGAAUUGGAAAACUAGUUUAACAGUAUAAAGUGUUAUCACUGUAAAAAGUCAGUUUUAAUUAUCCACUGGAAACUUACAGUAAUACGCUUGUAUAAUCUUUCCAUAAAUCAGAAUCCUCACCAACAAAUCAUCAAAACCACCCAACUGCUGGAAACUCUAAUACCUUUUAGAAAGUGGAUUUCAUUGUCUGUGUCACUGACUUGUUGACACUCUGUUUACUAAAUUGUUUUUCUUCCUUUUUGAGCCAUCAACAACUUUAAAACGAAUAAUAAAAAAAAGAAGCAAACUGUGGCUCAUGGCAGCCAUUUUGUUCACACUCGCAGUGGACUCUUAUUACCUAGGAGCCAGUGGCCAAACUUCUGCAAAGUGAUUGUAAACUCCAGCUGCUAUUUUGUUCUUUAUAUAUUUAUUUCUAGUUUUUAGAUAAGGCUUGUUAGCACAUGUAGUUCUUUGCGAGGUAAAAAUUUCACUUGGUAGAAGGGAAUGAAAAUUAAGAGUACAGCUAACACUACUAAGAAAGAAAAAAGAAAAAAAACUCUGGGGUUGAUGUAUUCAGCAGUGCAAAGAAUGGACUAGUGGAGAAGUUGCCCAUAUAAACAUCGAGGUAGCAUUUAUCAAGUACAAUCUAUAAAAUCAUAGGUACAAGCUGAUUGGAUGCUAUGGCAACUUCUCCACUCUUUUCACUGCUUAAUACAUCAACCCCUUAGUUACACCAGGGUAACCAUUUCUUAUAGUAGUGUCUAGAUGUAACUCUUGCACUUUAUGAAACUACUUUGUUAUAAAUGGCCACUGUUUUUCUGUCAGUGCAGUAACAAUAUUGAGUUCUCCUGUUUAUUACUCCUUUUUAAAA